CUCUCCGGCCACGCGGGGGGCGGGGCCGCGGGCCGUGGGAACCAAGGCGUCGCCCAGCCGAGAGCCGGCGCGGGCUCGGCCUUCCACGAGUGGCGUGGCUGCCGAGCGUGCGAGGGAAUCAGAAAGCCGGUUCUUGUUGAGUCGCAGAGUGGUCGGCAUGGCCCGUGGCAAUCAACGAGAACUUGCCCGCCAGAAGAAUAUGAAGAAAACCCAGGAAAUAAGUAAGGGAAAAAGAAAAGAGGAUAGCUUGACUACUUCUCAGAGAAAGCAGAGGGACUCUGAGAUCAUGCAACAAAAACAAAAGGCAGCUGAUGAAAAGAAGUCUGUACAGACAGGAGAAAAAUGAUACCUGGCUCUUUGGGAAGCUGGAUGCUACUGCCAACUGGUACCUUAUAUGCUCAAGAUCAGAAUUUCUUACCAUCAACAAAUAUCACACAUGUUACAACUCAUUCUCAAAAACUGUUUACUUCAAACUUUUUCAGCAUUAAUGUGAUAUUUUAGAACCAUUCUUCAAAGAAUAAAGCACCAUGCAUGUGA